GUGCGACGAGCGCAGAGCUCUGACGCGAACGACCAUUCGUACUGCGCGCUCGCGCUUCCUGGGCGCAUCCGUUCCGGGCGACCUUUCGUCGACUAGUUGCAGAGGGCUGCUUGUUUCUUUGCCACUAACGCCGGCGGCUCGACCUGGCGCGCACCGGUUUGGAACGAACUCGAGUGAAAUCCAGAAAGAAAAUUCAAACUAUUCAACGCACAGACAAGGGGUUUAACCUGUAAGCGUGCACAUAUGCGCUACGUUCGUAUUACAUCGGAAUCACUCGAACAUUAUCGACCGGCACAGCUUAGAUUUGAAUGGUUUGCCCUAAUCCUAUACUAUUCGGAAAAGUCAAGUGGAAAACGUGCACUGUUCCUACAGUGAAUCAGCUGAAAGAAUAUUCAAUCAACCACCACUCCCUGAAUUUGUGGUUACAAAUCAGGCGAUGUUUGUAAUUUUAAUAUUCAAGUGCUAUUAUUAUUACUGAACUGACAGAUAAAACACAUUCCACGCGAGUUGUAACCAAGGUAUAUCCGGCUAGUCAGUUUAAUUCCCUUCACGCAGAUAACGAUUGCGCCAGCAGCGCGUAAUGAGUGUAAUACUCACAAAUGUAAUGUUAAUUACAACGCGAAGUGGCACUCUCAACAAAAACAUCAAUUAUACGAGGCGAUAAGUGAGGGUUUCCAGGGGCAAUGUAAUUUGCGCUUGAUCUGGUGCAACGUGUCUGACGUAUAUCAGUAGUGUGAGAGAUCCGUUCGAUAACAUGACGACGCAGAGGCAUUUUGCGGUGUUCUCCGGCGCCGCUGCAUCGGCAGCCAGUUUGUUCGGCAAGCUAACUGGGUUGCCGCAAUUCGAGGAAAUCAUUAUAAUUAGAUUGGUGUGCUUUGCGCUGAUGGUUCUUGCAAACGGGAUGGUGUGGACUUUCUAUGUGAAGGCGUUACACGUCUCUCAGUCCUCCCUUUCGGCGACUGUGAUCAGCGCCGCCACUAAUUACUUAUUAUCGGCGAUCUAUGGAUUGGUGAUCUUCAGAGAAGUUACUAGUUUGUUUUGGUGGACUGGCGCUGGCUUAAUUCUACUCGGAUUGAUUCUGAUAAUACGAAGCCAAGACCGUGAGGAAUUGAAGCGCACCGUAGAUGCAUCGGGCGAAAAUAAUUACUCUGCACUGCCGGAAAAAGCAAAACUUCGGUAAUCCCAUUACAAGUUUUAAUUGAAACGUUAAUUUUUUAUGAUUGAAUAAUUAUUCAAAUUAAAAAUGUUUGUAACAACAUUCAUUUAUCAUUAAGUGAAGUCUGAAAAGACAAAAUAGAAGUAAAUUAUAUAGGCUUUCCUAGAA